AUGCCGUUGUUAGAUUAUUCGCCGCUGCAUGAGACGCAGCGCAUCUUCGACUUGCUCUGCGGGUUGAAAGAUGAACUCUGCUUACCAUCAGACACUGAAGCAAUCGCUAAAGAUGUAGUGUUUACCUCAGAGAAGGACACUGUCUACUUCCCCAUUCCGCUCAAAGAAACCGAAACUUCAUCCGCACUCAAGGGAAUUGAAGCUCUCGUCGCCGCCUCAUUGGCGAACUUGAAGUAUGGAACCCGUGCUCGCAAAAUCGAUAUCAACUUGGAGCACGCGACGUGCUUCCUCUUCCAAGCAUAUGUUUCCACCAUCGAUGGCCUCGGAAAGGCAUACACCGACUUGCUUGAGGCGCAGUCUAACCCGUACCGCCGGAUGUCGGCGAACCUUUAUGCGACGAAAACUCCCGGCGCAUACUAUCACAUCCACGGUUCGUUGGAAGCGACGAAGACGCUGGGAAUGAUCGGAUUGCCGCCAUAUAGACCGGAUUUGAAGACAAUAGACGAUAUAGCACAAGAAAUCGAGUCUCAUGUGCAGCAGUUUACCAUCGAGGAGCUGGAACAAAAGAACAAGGAACUCGGACAGGCCGGAGUUAUUGCAUUAAAACACGAGGACUUCAUCGCAACACCACAUGGCAAAGCCAAUGUUGGCCGGCCACCGUGGUCGUUGAAAAAUUUAGAGAGUACUACUCCACCGGUUCCUCUUCCCACAGACCCUGCUGGCACGAAACCUCGUGUUUUACAGGGUAUCAAGGUCAUAGAACUCUGCCGUGUCAUUGCCGGCCCGGUCAUGGGAAGAAUUCUUGCAGAAUACGGAGCUGAAGUGCUGAAAGUCACGGGUCCCAAUCUUCCGGAUGUCCCAUUUUUCCAAAUUGACGUAAACAUGGGAAAGCGCACCACAGACAUUGACCUCAAGAGCGAGGAAGGGCGGGCAAAGUUUGAAGAGUUGCUGGCUGACGCGGAUAUUAUUCUGGAUGGUUACCGACCCGGGACUUUUGAGAAGUUGGGCUAUGGGCCAGAAGCUCUUUCACGACUCGCUGUCAAGCGAAGGAAGGGUUACGUAUACGUGAACGAGAACUGUUUUGGAUACGACGGAGAAUGGGCUUAUAGACCGGGAUGGCAGCAGAUUGCGGAUUGCGUAAGUGGUGUAGCUUGGGCACAGGGUAAAUUUAUGGGAUUGAAUGAGCCCGUUGUUCCGCCGUUUCCCAUCUCCGAUUAUGGUACCGGAGCCAUGGGGGCGAUUGCUGCAUUGACUGGGCUUUACCAUCGUGCGACAAAAGGAGGCUCAUGGCAUGGCCGUGCCUCGCUGAUGCAAUAUGAUCUGCUCCUAUUCAGCGUUGGCCAAUACGACGAGAAAAUCCAGGACGAGUUGCGAUCCCGGCAAGAGGAGAGUUUCUUUGCCCUGCGCCACCAACACAGCGUCGACCAAAUCUCUGGCACAGUUAUGAAGACUAUGCAAAAGCAGCAUCCACACCUGUUUACGCAGCAUCGCGAGACCUGGCGCUCGCAUGGCUUUAACGCCGACGUGUCAGUCAUUACUCCCGUGGCGAAGAUUGAGGGCGUUGAGGUCAGUUUCCAAAGGGCCAGUGCACCCAACGGCACGUACGCGCCCGCGUGGGAGUUUCAUAAGAAUGAGGAUGUCAAACUGAGCGAUAGCUGAUGCUGGAGAUAUUGAACAUGAUACUGGAACAUUUCAAACGUGAUAUGUCACUUUUCUUGCUCGCAUCUGAGAUAGACCCGAAAGUACUCCCAUAGAUGGUUAAUAUACACUUGCAUUUCUAGCG